UUAAAAAUGCAUACUGACUUAGAACAAUUAUGUUUUUGUAAAAAAAAUUGUAGCAAAGUUAAUCUGUAAAAGGCACAAAUUCUGUAAUCGGAGAGCAAUAAGGCCCUCAGCUUACAUUGAGAGAACUUGGGGCCAGCUUUCAUCAACCACACAGUAUCCUGGGAUGCAACCAGUAAACCAACAGGAGGGAAAGUCUCCAGGGGCACAGCCACUGCCUCCGCCCUGCCCAAUCCCAUGCCCCUCAUUUGUCAACAGCAGAAAGAAAAAGCACAAUAGUCAUGUGGAGGUAGGGCAUGAACAACAUCUGAUUAUGAUGGUACACUUGUGAUAAAUUGAUCCUUCUCUGCGGAGGAGAAUCCAACUGAUUUAUGUUUCGAGAAGAAGUGAACAGUGCAAUGUUUUGAAUCCUUCAUUGACCCAAUAUCUCCAAUGCCUAAACGUUGAUGACAUGGAUUCUUUUGAUUCAGACAAAAUGCCUUCUCAAGAUUAAUGAUGGCAGCCUCACCCCACAGUUGAUUUUUUAAAACCCACUCUCUGUAAGAAACAGGACACUGUCAAAGAUGCCAUCUGUUGGAUGACACACUAAACUAAGGCCCUAUCUAUCCUCCUGGAUAUCUGUUAAAUUUUCCAAUUUUGGAAAAACUACAGGGUGGUUUGGCGAGUUAACCUGCCUGGUAUCUGCUACUCCAUUACCAUCAGUAAAUUAAUUAUCUGGUUAUUUGUCUUGGUGCAAAUUCAGUGAGGUGCUUCCUACAUUACCACAGACUCUGUACUUCAAAAAACUAUUUCAUUGGUCGUAAAGUGCUUUAGAACAUUCUGAGGUUGUGAACUCUUUAACAAUAUAAGUUCUUUCUUUUGCGUUAAUUGGCCUGCAAAUGUGUUUAUUUUCUCGCCUCUGUCUUUCACUGGGAAACCCCUGGAGAUUUCUUCAGCUGUGUCGGGUGAAGGUUCUCAGUGGAAAGUAUUGCAGUCAGAAUUUGUUUUCAUAUCAGAAACGGGGUCUGCGUGGAUAAUGUAUGAGCACUUUUGCCACCUCGUUACUUCCUUCUGCCAAUUUUCCAUCGGGGCUUGUAUUGCCAAAGUAACUACCCUGUCAGUGUUACAAAGGGCUGCUCACUGACCUCCCUGCUCCUGCUUAUUUUCAGUCACUCCGUAUGCCUGAAUAGUGGAGACGUUCACAAGACUGUGUAAACAGGAAGUAAGAUAAACCUGGGAAAUCCUGCCAGGAAUUCGACCUGGUGAAAUUACAUUGGGAUUUUUCACUGCUGCUUACAGCCCGUACUGCAUGGGAGACCGACCCUGAUAACUCCAAUAACUCUGAACACAUUGUGAAUACUGAGCCCCAGUCUCUGGUUACCGAAAGUGAUAAUGCUGAAACAAGUGUCUGGACCUCCCACCUUCACCUCGGCGAUGCCUUUCCGCAUUCUGAACAAGGGACCUGAUUAUUUUCGAAAGCAGAUGGAGAGCAGCAACAAGAAGCCGAGCGCGGUAGAGCGGCUGGAAGCUGAUAAAUUAAAAUACGUGAAGAGCCAAAAAGUCGCGAAUACUCGCCAGGAGCCAGUGAAAGCGAGUGAGCCGGUGCUGUCCCCUGCCAUGAGGAGGAACUUUCACAGUCCCAGGAAAGCUCCGAGUGCUGGGCUCCGCAGGACCGAGAACGCAGAUUGGAGGGGAGCCCUCAAUUUGGAGACUCUGAGAAACCUCAUUUAUGAGAGUCCAAACGCGCCAGGGAGCCAGCCCGAUCCGGCGGAACGGGCCAGCGAGUGUAGCCCGGGUAAGCUGCAGCGGUGCGGAGCCCCCGAGCCCGGGGAGAGGCUGGCGGCUGAGCUGCACUCCAGCAGUGUGCUGGUGCCGCCUCACAAUGCAGCCGUCAGGAGGGUGGAUGUCCGCCCCAAUGUCAGCAGGGCCGGCUGCAGGGCACCGUGUCCCUCCGUGGUCAGGUCCAGGCUUUCCUCCACCACCAGCUCCAGGGGCUCGCCGAGGAAAGCCUACCCCGAAGCGGCUGCUUGGUCACAGCUCUCCCUGCACCGCUCCAAGUCGGACCUGAGCGACCGCUAUUCCCGGGUUAGUGCCAACUUGGAGCGAUUCUUCAACUACUGCGGCCUGGACCCAGAGGAACUGGAGAGGAUGGAGAUAGGGGAGUGCUUGGCCCGAGCCAGCUCUGAUAUCGUAUCCCUGAAACUGUACAGCGCCAGCAACCUCAGCUCUGAGUACAACCGUUCCCAAUACAGCAAUGUGAUUGAGGAGAGGGCGAACGAGCGCAUCCCAUAUGGCAUCUCCAUCAUUGAGCGCAAUGCCAGGGUCAUUAAGUGGUUGUACAGCUGCAAAGAAGCCAAGGAAUCUCAGAGAGUGUCACCCGUAUAACGGAGGAGGUCCUGGGACAACGGAGAAGGAACAGAGCCUAAAAUUCCACGAUCUUGCCUUUGAUGAGGAACUCAUAAUUUCAUGGAGACAUUGAAAUUUAAACUACUUAUUACUGCCACCUACUGUGUUUAGUGGUAUAAUAUAUUGUAAAGGGCUGGCCAGUUUUAUUUGGAGAAUUUAAACUGUGAAAAUAAAGACUCAACACAUUGAAAACUUCAAAUUGUAGUACAGUAUGUUGCAGCUUGCUGAAUAUUAACUGAAUAGAAAUGGACAAUUGAUGUAAUUUAGUUCAAAAAUACACAGGAGAUCUUCCAUUAAAUAUGUGACUGAAUCUACCACUAAACCAAAAACGAGGACCACGUUUUUUUACACCAGCUUUUUUUAACUAGUUAAGCUAGGCAAAAUUACUCAAAGAAUAUGUUCAUAUCUACUUCUAUUUGGUAAGUUUUUUUUAAAAAAAGCUUAAGAGUAGUAAGUAAAAUAGCACAUGUUUGAAAUAUGUAGCAGGUCCAUUUUAGUUUAAGCCUUGGAUAUAAAGUCUUAAUUCAAACGAAUUGUGUCUACCCCAAAUGUUACAUCAUCCCUCUUUCAGAUAGACUUUGCUGAACUUCAGUUUCCAGGCAGUGGGAUGUUACUUUCCUUUCUGUGGUAUGUUAUCAAGAAUAAAGGCUACACUACAAAUACCUUACUGGUAACAAUCUGCUAUGUACAUGCAUCUCACGUGAGAGGUUGGUUUUGUUAUUUCUGUAUCUUUGUGAAUUUUGUAUAUAUUUAAAGACUGCAAUUUGAUAUUUUGCUACUGUUUUAAAUUAACUGUCAAUAAAUGUGGGUUUCAGUGUUCAAUA